CCAUUGUUACUGACUUUAAAUUUACUGUUUUACUUGAAAGAUCACGUCCCCACCCUUCUUUUCUCUUUCUCUUUUCACACAAUUCUCAAUAACUAUCACUUUUAACCAACAAUCCUCGAUUAUUGGAUUUGUUUAUAUUUUCCAAUAAAGAAUUGUUUCGUAAAUUACGUGUAUCAAGAUCCUCGCUUGCUUUAACAUGACACACCGAGAAGGCAUUGCGACCACUCCUGCGGAUUGGAAGUUGACUAAAGUCUCGAGUCUUAUAAAAGACCAGAACGUGAUUACAAUUGAAGGCUCUUUGUCUGUGGAAGAAGCAUGUAACGUACUCAUUAACCACAAUAUUUCUUCUGCUCCUGUCUAUACAUCUAGCGCAACUUCCGUGCCUACUUAUGUGGGUAUGUUUGAUUAUGGAGAUGUGAUUGCCUAUAUUUUGCUUGUCCUCCGAAAUAUAUCUUCACCUCCUCCUGAGGUACAGGAAGGACAAAGAGAAGACUUGUACCUUGGAAUCAAAGAUGUGCUUUGUCGCGCUCAAGAAGGUCAACAAGUGCCUAUCGAACUAGCCAGUGAUCUUUCCCAGAAAAAUCCAUUUUAUUCUAUCAUGAAUGAAGCAACUUUAUUAUCUGCUGUAGAAAAAUUUGCCCGUGGAGCUCAUCGUGUGUGUGUUAUAAACCCAGAUGGGUCAAUCAAAGGUAUCUUGUCUCAGUCUGUAGUGGCAAAGUACUUGUAUAAGCAUCAACGUCAUUUCUCUGAUAUUGAGUGUAUUAUGAACAAGACACUCCGUCAACUUGAUCUAGGCGUCUCUGAUGUUAUUGCAGUCAAUGCAGACUCACUUGUGUUAGAUGCACUUGCACUUAUGAGCAAACACAAUAUUUCUUCAGUGGCCGUGUUGGGACAUAUGGGUGUUGUGCUUGGUAAUAUUAGUAUGACUGAUGUCAAGCAUGUCAUGAAGAGUUAUCAUCAUCAGCUAUUAUGGAAGACAUGCUUUCAAUUCGUAAGCCUAGUGCGUAUUCAGCAAGGGAUCGAUGAUGGACAAGAUCGAUUGCCUGUUUUUGAUGUGCGAUUAGAUACUACGCUUGGUUUUGCAGUAGCCAAAUUACUUGCUACUAAAUCACAUCGCGUAUGGGUAGUGGAUGAGAGAGAAAAGGCUAUUGGCGUAGUUUCUAUUACAGACGUUAUGCGAGCCAUUCUUCAUAGUGUUUCGGCUUCGAAUUGAAAUAAAAGACAAAGCAUGGCGUUGAUGGAA